AUGAAACUCUUCUCGAUUCUCCUCGUUCUCUUCUUCUUCUCCCUCACCGCCGGGGCCCCUUUUGAUGUUGAGCAAUCCCUAAAGCACUUGGAAGAGCUGAAAACUAAAAUGACUGAAAUCCAACACAAAAAAUCUGUAGCCCUGGGUGAGAUAAAACAUUGGGUCAGCGAAUUCAAAGAGGAGGCAAUGAUGGAGACUCGCGGAAUCAGAAGAAAGGGAUUCUGUGGAUUCCCAUUGACUGAGAAGAUCCAAAAAAUCUGUGGACCCAUUUUGCCCUCUAACACGGAAACUGAUAUCUCUGCCAUCUGUUGUAUCCACUCUUGCUCCGACGAGUUCAUCCGUCAAAUGGUUUGUCCAGAAGCGUUCGACGCAGAUGAGUCCACAUCAUUAGGAUCAACGGAAUCCGAUGAAGCCGGGGUAUCGGACGAGAGUCUUGUGAAGAAAAAAACAUCUGUCUAA